AUGCACGAAGAGGGCUUCAGGUCGUGGGUAGUCCCCACUGCCGUCACCGCUGCUGUCCUGUAUAAGUGGUGUAUAGGCUUGGGCUCAUAUUCAGGGCAAGCAACGCCUCCGAUGUACGGCGACUAUGAAGCUCAGAGACAUUGGAUGGAGUUAACCAUCCAUCUGCCUAUAUCCCAAUGGUACAAAUACGACCUCGAAUACUGGGGUCUUGACUACCCGCCUCUCACUGCCUAUAUCUCGUGGUUUUUUGGCAUACUUGGUUCACGGAUUAAUCCUUCGUGGUUUGCCUUGGACAAAUCAAGGGGUAUCGAAACCGGUGGCAGCAAGUUGUUCAUGAGAGUUUCCGUGCUGAUAGCGGAUACGCUCAUCUAUGUUCCUUCUUUGGUCAUGCUCAUUCGGACAUGGCACGCCCAACGGUCCACCCGUACACAGAAUCUCGCGCUACUGGUACUGUUGUUCCAUCCUGCGUUGCUCCUGGUCGAUUUCGGGCACUUUCAGUACAACUCGGUAAUGCUUGGUUUCGCUGUAUUUGCAAUGAACUUCUUCGUGACAGGCCAUGAUUUGCUUGGUGCUAUAUGCUUCGUCUUGUCCCUGGGAUUCAAGCAAAUGGCUCUGUACUACGCGCCUGCCAUCGGCGCAUACUUGCUUAGCAAAUGCCUUUACCUCGGUCUUAGUCAAGGGUUCUCCCUGUUUGUGCGCCUCGCGGUUGUCACUACACUCUCAUUCUUGGUCCUUUUCUCUCCCUGGCUACCGCCCUUCGCCUCGCUCUUCUCCAUCGCGGACCCUGUCACCCGCAUCUUCCCAUUCAAUCGUGGUCUGUUCGAAGAUAAAGUCGCCAACUUCUGGUGCGCGUCCGACGUCGUCCUGAAGUGGCGCCGGUGGGUGUCCAAGGAAACGCUGGUCAGAUUAUCUGCCGGAUUGACCGCCAUCGGCUUCGCGCCGGCCGUCAUAGGCCUGAUAUAUGGCGGGUGGGUGAUGAGCGGGCUCGGACGCGGAGAUGGGACGCGUGCGAAGUCGCCGACGCUACAGCUGCUGCCUUACGCGCUGUUGACGUCUUCCAUGUCAUUCUUUCUAUUCUCAUUUCAGGUUCACGAGAAGACUAUCUUACUACCUCUUAUGCCGCUUACGCUCCUUCUGUCCGGCUCGACGCCAGACUCCGCUACCUACGAGAUCGGAGCGUUAGUGAACAAUGUUGCUGUAUUCAGUAUGUGGCCACUGCUGAGACGAGAUGGGCUCGCGGUGCAAUACGUUGCGCUCCUUGUCUUUUGGAAUCGACUCAUCGGCAACAAUCCCUUCCGUAAACCGCAAUCACUGUUUCAUUACUUAUCCCUGGUCAUCUACUCUGGCGCCGUCAUUUUACAUGCUCUGGAACUAUUGGUGACGCCUCCUGCUCGGUACCCGGACCUCUUCCCGGUGCUGAACGUCCUUCUCUCAACACCCAUCUUCGGCUUAACUUGGUUAUGGAGCAUCAAGCGUGGCGUCGAAGUCUCUUGGGCCAUGGGUGGCCUUGGCACGCGGAAAUCCGGGCUCGACAAGAAGCUCGACGACAAGUCAGACAGCGCGGUGCAUGUCACCGGAGCGCGGACGCAGAGCUUGGGCUUCGCUCAAGGUAGGCGUAGGCCACAGUUCAGGGCCGCCAGUGUCGAUUACGCUACUAGCGGGCCAGCGUCGGAUAUACCCAGUUCUCGACCGUGA